CUUCCUCUUCCUCUUCCUCUUCCUCUUCCUCUACUCUUCAUUCUUCUCUUCUUUUCCCCUCUCCACUCUUCUUCCUCCCUCUCCUGAUCAGCCUGUCCUUCCUUCCUCUUCUCAUCCCUCUACCUCCCUCACAAUGGCUGCUUCAGCCCUCUUAAGAAGCCGUGUCCGCCGGCCUUCCUACCUCAACCGGUUGGCCAAGGCUGAAGAUCUCAUCGACCUUUUCCCCAAUGGAUCGUAUAUCGGCUGGUCCGGAUUCACGGGGGUGGGUUAUCCCAAGAAAGUUCCCACGGCGCUGGCCGACCACGUUGAGAAAAACAAGUUGGAGGGACAGCUAAAAUACACCCUGUUUGUCGGCGCUUCUUCCGGCGCGGAAACAGAGAACCGCUGGGCUAAAUUGAACAUGAUUGAUCGCCGGAGCCCUCACCAGGUCGGCAAGGAGAUUGCCAAGGGUAUCAACAAUGGUCAGAUCAACUUCUUCGACAAGCAUCUGAGCAUGUUCCCGUCGGAUCUGGUCUACGGUUGGUACACAAUGAACAAGCCCAAGAACCGCUUGGAUGUCGCGGUUAUUGAGGCAUCUGCCAUCACGGAGGAUGGUGGCAUCAUCCCCGGUGCUUCCGUCGGUGCAUCUCCGGAGCUGAUCCAGAUGGCCGAUAAGAUCAUCAUUGAAGUCAACACUGCUAGCCCGUCAUUUGAGGGUCUGCAUGAUAUUGUCAUGUCGGACAAGCCGCCCCUCCGCAAGCCCUACCUGAUCAUGCAGCCCGAGGACCGUAUCGGUACUCCCCACAUCCCGGUUGACCCUGAGAAGGUCGUGGCCAUUGUGGAGUCCGACUAUCCCGAUCAGACGCAGCCCAACGCCCCCGAGGAUGAGGGCUCCCAGGCCAUUGCCAGCAACCUGAUUGAGUUCCUGAAGCACGAGGUCAAGCACGGCCGCCUGCCUGAGAACCUGCUGCCCAUCCAGUCCGGCAUUGGAAACAUUGCCAACGCGGUCAUUGGUGGUCUGAGCAAGGGUGGUGCCGACUUCACCAACCUCAAGGUGUGGACGGAGGUGCUCCAGGACUCGUUCCUGGACCUGUUCGACAGUGGCAACCUGGACUUUGCCACGGCCACCUCCAUCCGCUUCUCUCCGGAUGGCUUCAAGCGCUUCUACGACAACUGGGAGCGUUACGCCGGUAAGCUCCUCCUGCGCCCGCAGCAGGUCUCCAACUCGCCCGAAAUCAUCCGUCGUUUGGGCUGCAUCGGUAUGAACACUCCGGUGGAGGUGGAUAUCUAUGCCCACGCCAACAGCACCUGUGUCAUGGGCUCUCGCAUGCUUAACGGACUGGGUGGAUCUGCCGACUUCCUGCGCAGCUCCAAGUACAGUAUCAUGCACACCCCCAGUACCCGGCCCAGCAAGGUCGACCCGACCGGUGUCAGCUGCAUUGUUCCCAUGUGUACCCACGUUGACCAGACCGAGCACGAUCUCGACGUGGUUGUGACUGAGCAGGGUCUGGCCGACGUGCGUGGUCUUGCUCCUCGUGAGCGUGCCCGGGUGAUCAUCGACAAGUGCUCUCACCCCGACUACAAGCCCAUCCUGCAGGACUACAUGGACCGGGCUGAGUUUGAGUGCCUGAAGAAGGGCAUGGGCCAUGAGCCUCACCUGCUGUUCCAGGCGUUCAAGAUGCACCAGAACUUGCAGGAGAAGGGCACGAUGAAGAUUACCAGCUGGGAGUAAAGAUAAAGAGAAAGGAAGAGUAGAGAUAUGAGUUAUGUACAGAGGCGUAUUUGUUUGCCAUACUACUAGGUAUCUAUUUCUGCUGGCUUGGAGUAGAGUGUACAGUUGGUUGCAAAAUAGUUAACUGAUAAUAAGUGACAAUUUUCAUUCAAA